UAGCAUGCGCAUGCGCAUUGCGCGCAUUGGAGUACAUCGUAAACUUCGGCUGAUGCAGACAACGCGCAGGUGAUGGGAUGCACAUAAAGAAGCAACCGGGAUCGAUUUCUGAAUAUUCGGUCUGAAAGAUGGCAUCCUGCUCUGAAUUUUGUGGGUCUGGUCACAUGGUCGACUCGGGCUGCCGUGUUUUCGGAGUGCGUUCCUAUUUGCAUCACUUUUAUGAGGAGUGCACAGCCUCAAUGAGGGAUCAGCAGGAAAACCAGAGCCAGAGAUCAUCCCUGCGGUGGAGUCUGAGUCUUUGGAAGGUCACACUUGCACUUGGUGCUGUGCUCCUGACUGUGGGGCUGGUGGUCAUGACGGUGGGCUACGCCAUCCCGACUCGCAUCGAGGCUUUUGGUGAGGGAGAGCUGCUGUUCGUGGACCGGCAGGCCAUGCGAUACAACCGCUCUCUGCAUGUGUGCGUGCUGGUUGGGACAGGGCUUCUCACGCUGGGUGGAGUUCUGAUGGCAGGUGGAAUCCUGAUGUCGAACAUCUCCACGCCUCCAACACCCAUAAAACAGGACGAUUCCAGUCCACAGUCAUCCAGGGGAGAAUGCAAAAUGGGAUGUAGAAUCCUAAGCGCAAUGAAAAGCCCAGCAGACCCCGUGACGAAGCCUCCCAGUCCAGCUUUGAGUGACGGAGGAAUUUCUCCUCUUGCUAGAGAUGAUAAAGUUCAGAAGAGCUUGUAAAAGCUGAAUGACAAUACCUGUUUAAGUGUGAUAUACUGUGCAAACGCUCCUUGUUUAUUUCAAUAAAAAUGUCGGGAGUGUAAUAUUUGUGUUGAAUACUUGAUGACAUCCUUAAACUGGCAACUCUAUAGUGUUUUAUUAUCGUCAAACAUGUACAAAGAAGAAAGAAUAAUGGCACUUAACUACAUUAGGCUUUUUUGAAUGAUAAGUGUUUGCAAGGCUGCAAACAUCAGAGUUUGAUUUGAAUCAUUAUGAUUUCAGUCUUUGACAUGUUCUUACUCGAUCAAUAUUAAAGAUAUCAAGAUUGUAUUUUCAAGGAAUGUUCUUUAUAUUAUGUUGGGUGGUUUUAUGUAGAAAACAGCAAAUCACAAAAAAAUGACUUGCUGUUUUCAGAGGCAGGCUCACGAAUUAUAAUUUAAAAGGCUGUAAAGACGUUCACCCAAAUAUAGAGAAAGAAAGAGAGACAGUGAUAUGAAGCGUCUUGCCCAUGUGCCACUUUUAUCAGUCAAAAGAUGGUUGAAUAAAGAACCGACCAAUCACAAUUCAACAGAUGUAAGAAAAUGACCGACUGGAAUUCAGUAUGCAAAUAUUAGAUCUAGAUUAUGAAUGUAAAUAUUCUAGUUUAAGACUAUGGAAGAUUUUCAAACGGAAAUUUUGAAUUAUUCCAAAAAAGUGAUAUACUUACAAAACUACAAAAUAGGAUAGCACAGGGGCGGACUGGCCAUCUGGCGUACCGGGCGUUUUCCCGGUGGGCCGCUAACGUAUGGGGCCGGAAUGGAGGCGUUGGCCGCUUAGACGGACGUAUUAUAAAUGCGAAUGCACGCAACGCGAAUGCAAAAGACACGUAUGCCACCCCCCAUACACCAACCCCCCCGUCGACAAAUUCGGUGGAGGGCCGAUUUUUCUUCCCAGUCCAGCCCUGGGAUAGCAUGUCUAUUAUCUAAAAUAAAUGAAUGUAAAUUAAAUAUAAAAUAAAUUGUUUUAUUAUAACCAAACACAGACUGGAAGAUAUCUUUGGGCCAGGCACGUGUGUCCGAUGAAACCGUCUAUAGUGUCAAUUGAAAACAGGUUAGACCAAUUUUCUGCAGUUCUUUUUUUGCAGCUCUCUGGAUCAAUGACAUUGUUUUGCAAGUAUUCUCCUCUAAUGCAUAAUGUAUUAGAC